AUGGUACUUGGGUUUGAACUCAGGGGCCUUGCGCUUGCUAGGCAAGCAUUCUCCCACUUGAGCCACACCUCAGCCCUUGUUUGUUUUUGAGAUAGUCUCACUAUACAGCACAAGUUGGUCUGGAACUUGCCUUAGCCUCCUGAGCUGAGUGCUAGGAUUACAGGUGUGCACCAGCACACACCUGUCUUACAUUUCCCUUUAUAAGGGUCUCCAAAUAGCAUCCUCCUAGUACAAAACAUUUUUGGUUUAUUCUCUUUUCAGUUCCAAGUUCACACGAAAGAUCCGUUUUUUGAACAGCCUGGGGGAGCUGGCCCAACUCAUCUCCCUAGAUCAAGUCCACAUCCCUGAAGCUGUCAGACAGUGAGUCCUGCACUUACCGAUGAAAGUUUGGGAUGGGAUGUAUAAAGCUAUUCCCCUCUUUCUUAAUACCUUGAGGGAGAUACAAAGGAACUAAAAGACAGAGGCCCUGAUUUUAGGUGCUUCAGUGUAUCUGGGAAAACUUCAUAGACCUAGAGAACAAAUUAAGGCUAACUGUAUUUAUAAGGAACAACUGAAAAAAAUGUUUAAUGAUCACAGUGUAGAAGUUAGAGGAAAUUCAGAACAGCUCUAGAAAUGAGUUAGGGAUAUGGUGGCUGUGCAUAGAUUAUAUCCAGUGGGGAAGAGAGUAUUUGGGGAGCAAAGGAUGCUAAAUGAUGAUUCAAGAAUCCAGUCUUCUUGCUCAUCCAAUUCACUUGGUUUCUUUCCCCAAACUACUGAGUAAAACCCAAGCCCUGCCCUGAACCACUUCUUUCCCCCAUCCCUUUGUAGGCUGGAUCGGGAACUCCAUGGCUCAGGAGGGACCUUGCACAGGACUGGAUAAAAGGCCUUAGAACAAGGCAAAGAUAAUGAUCUGUCUACACCCUAAUUCCUGAAACGUUUGAGCUGUUUGGUAAAUCAUCUCGUCCUCAACCCCAGUACCACUGGAUUUCACUUUUCAGUGCGGUGGCAUCCCCUUCCAUGACACCAUCUUCCUCAGGGCUUUGAGGUUGGGAACCUGAUCUGCUGACGGUUAUUUCAGUGGAAGGUGAACUUAGUGGCAUUGCAAGCUCUUGAUUGUAAUCCUGCUUUAGCUCUAGAACCUUGGUUAGAUAAGGUCAUCUCGUUGGGUCUCAUUUUUCUCCUCUGUAAGUGAAGGGGCUGCUUAAUGCUGUCUUUUCCAUCUCCGGUAUGAGGGGGGUAUGAGUGGCAGGGAAGGUUUAAAACCAAUCACAGCCAGCCUGCCUGCGGGGGCUGAAUCUAGCUUGCAAAAUCUUGAAGAACCUCUUCUACAUGCCUUUCUUUUCUAAGUCAUGUCUGCCGCCUGCGAUCCUGGGAAGGAGUGCUUUCAAAACCUGUAUUUUUGCCCUCAUUAGUAGCUGUUAAUAAAUUGUAAUGAGCGAUUUAAGUCCACUCCAAGGAAGUGAACAACUUUCCCCAACCCCUUACAUCACAAUCCACCUUUUGGUUCUAGAGUUCUCGCUGCCCAAGACCCCUAGGAUUUUUAGCUCAGCCCCUGGGGCUGCCGAGCGCCCCCCGCCCCCGCGCAGGGAGAGAACUUAGGGGAGGGGCGUGGCACGAGCCUCGCCUCAGAGCGCCCCAGCUGGCCUCAGUUCAAACGACCGGGUGGGCGGGUCGGUGGAGAACGGAAGGGAGGGAGAGAAGAUAGGAGCCCCGGCCCGCUCCCAACCCCACGCCUCCCAGCCCCAUGGUCCCCGCCGCCGGCGUGCUGCCCUGGGCCCUGCUGCUCAGUCUGGGGCCCUGGGCGGCGGGGGCCGAAGGUCCUACCCCGACGGGGAUGCAGCGGACCAGCUUACGCUUGGGGGCCCCAGCCCGCAGCCGGAGCACAGAUGGCCCCUCCCGGACCAGUCGUCCGAGGAAGUCGAAGGUUACUCUGGAGGAUGAGAAUGAUGCCCUGGCCACCGCUGACCGCCUGGCAGGCCCAGCAGCUGCCGAGCUCUUGGCCACAGUGACAGGAAUCAGCCGGUCGUCUUUGGCCAGCUACAGCGAUGACAACGAUGAGGAUGGGUCUUUGGAAGAGGGGGUCGUGAUUGAUGCCAGAAAGAAUACCAGCCCUGGGACUCCCAGUACAAUAGGAGUUUCCAGCACCGGGAGAGUCAUAGCCAAUAAGCAAGAACCAGAAAUCAGGCUGACCACAAGCCUGCCAUCUCCCCUUCCAAAGUCUACCAGGGACCUGCUGAGCUCCGAGACCACCCUGACCUCGUGGUCGUGGCCAUCAGCUGGGUCCACCCCCAGUAGUGGGUGGCCAUCACCUUCACCCAAAGCCAUGCCACCUCCCGAGGAUCUGCGGGUGGUGCUUCUGCCCUGGGGCCCUUGGCACUGCCACUGCAAGUCAGGCACCAUGAGCCGGAGCCGGGCUGGGAAGCUACAGGGCUUAUCUGGGCGCCUUCGAGUUGGAGCACUGAACCAACUCCGCACAGAGCACCGGCCUUGCACCUACCGGCAGUGUCCCUGCAACCGGCAUCGGGAGGAGUGCCCCCUGGACUCAAGUCUCUGUUCUGAAACCAGCUGCAGCUCUACGACCACCACCACCACCACCUGGACCACCACCACUCCACACAUGCCCCCCAUCCACCUAAGACGCAGACCCAGCCUACCACCUCCCAGCCCCAGCCCAGCUCUUGCUUUUUGGAAAAGGGUCAGGAUUGGCCUGGAGGAUAUCUGGAAUAGUCUCUCUUCAGUGUUCACAGAGAUGCAACCAACAGACAGAACCCGGAGGUAAUGGCCACUUCACCUACAAGAGGAGGUGUCAGCAUCUCAACCUCUUCCUUCCCUUUCUAUCCCUCACCCACUAUAUUUUUAGUACAGAAAAACAAAACUGAAAAAAAAAUUAUCAUUUGGUUGGUGUCUAUUUUUUUUUUUUUGUAUGUGUGUGUGAAUGUGUUUGGAGCCAGGGAUCGAACUUAGGGCUUUGUAUAUGCUAGGCAAGCACUCUAUCACUGAGCAACACCCCCAGCACCUAGUCUUGUGACUUUUUACAGAAGUAUUUGAGGGAGGAGAGUCCAUAGAUCUCUUCUGUCCUAAAACUGAACUUCAUAGCCAUCAGCCUCUGGCUUGUUCUCCUGUGUUCCUCAAGAUAAAAUGACACUGAUUUUCAUCCCAAGUCUGUUUUAAAAACAAGUAGCCCUUGAAAGAUGAUGGUGAUUUCUCCUUGCCUUCUCAAUGCUUGGUGCUAUCUCUGGAAAAGGCAAUGUUGGUACAAAAUUCUAUCUCAACCACUUUGAAAAUGUUAUUUUCAUCAGUCUUAUCUAUCUUUUGAUCCAAUGCAUACUUGUAGUGAUUACUCUACAACUAUUUUGCUUAUUAUUUUUAUUUGAAAAAAGUAUUUAAAAGUCCAACAAUUUUUAAUAUAAAUUAUGACUCUCAAACCCAUUCUUAUCACUUUAUUGGUAAAGUGAUGCUAGCAUACACAUUAGAA